GGAUAAUCAAAUCAGACAAGGUAUUUGAAGUAAUGCUGGCUACAGACCGUUGCCACUAUGCAAAAUACAACCCUUAUAUGGAUUCUCCACAGUCUAUAGGUUUCCAAGCAACAAUCAGCGCUCCACAUAUGCAUGCAUAUGCUCUUGAACUUCUGUCUGAUCAGUUACAUGAAGGAGCCAAAGCACUCGAUGUAGGAUCUGGAAGUGGAAUCCUUACAGCGUGCUUUUCACGAAUGGUUGGUCCCAAAGGACAAGUUGUAGGAAUUGAUCAUAUCAAAGAACUAGUAGAUGACUCAAUAAAUAAUGUCAAAAAAGAUGAUCCCACAUUGCUGUCUUCAGGAAGAGUGAAACUGAUUGUGGGAGAUGGAAGAAUGGGCUAUGCAGAAGAAGCUCCCUAUGAUGCGAUUCAUGUAGGAGCUGCAGCACCAGUUGUGCCCCAAGCACUUAUAGAUCAGUUAAAACCUGGCGGAAGAUUGAUAUUACCAGUUGGUCCUGCAGGGGGAAACCAGAUGCUGGAACAGUAUGACAAACUAGAAGAUGGCAGUGUCAAAAUGAAGCCUCUGAUGGGAGUGAUAUAUGUGCCUUUAACAGAUAAAGAGAAGCAGUGGUCCAGGGAUGAAUUGUAAAAGCUACAUCAUCUUGACCCAAACAUAGUGUUACAGUGGACUGCUCAUCUCCAGUUCUAAAAGCUUUUUGAAAACCAACAGCAUUGCAGCUUGUUUUGGACUUCGUUAUACUGUUGUUAUCAGCAUGGAAAAGCGUGGUGUUUGUUUUAUUUUUUUAGAUGCUCAAGGCAAAUCUGAUAAAGAAAUGGUGGAAAGUUUUAUGUGGGCACUGUUUUAUUUAACAUGCCUUGAUUUUACUUUCAUCUGUUCAAAGUGAAUUUCUGCAAAACUGCAGAUAAAGACCUAUAGCUUGUGAACUCUAAUUUUGAUGGGAGUACUUGAACACUCACUUCUCUUGGCUCCUGUGUCCCUUGGUAAAACUGCUUCUGUGCACCUUAUGACACUACCUAGGUAAUACCAGGUUUUCUGUGUUCCAAUGUCUGCUAGAUGCUACUAAAAGGAAAUGAACUUCCUUUUUAAGCUUUUGACAUGGUGUCAUAGACUAGCAUGUAGUAGAUACAAUCAGCUGCUUUAUUACCUUACAACCAGCCGUUUGUAUAUAUUGAACUUGAAGAUGUCAGAGGUGGGUGGCCGCUCUUAUCGAACAUUGCUGUUAAAGCUGGACAUACCAGACGUGGUUUUCCCUUUCCUUGAAAAAUUAAUUAAUGGGAGUCUUGAAAUUCUGUUUUGGUUUAUAGCUCACUACUGAUGUGUGAUACACGUGGAUUUUGCUCCAUAAACAUGAUGUAAGCUGCGUCCCAAUCACUGGACAGGUUAUGCAGUGCUGCUUUGCCAAAUAAAAUUAAAAGCAAAAGGGAAGCUGUGCGCUUGUGUGGAAGAUGAGGAUCAGUAUGUAGCAGACUACUGAGAUAUGGAUUGCUAGGUUCUUUAUUAAAAAAAUAAUCCAGUUAGGUUCUAAGGAAAGUUGCUUU